UUACAAUUAAAUUGGUAACAAAGGUGCAUCAGAUUUAGCUUCUGGUUUAGCAAAUUGCAUUAAUCUCUCAAAUUUGACACUUGACCUUACUAAGAAUUAAAUUGGUGAUAAAGGUGCAUCAGGCUUAUGUUUUGGUUUAACAAAGUGCAUUAAUCUCUCAAAUUUGGCACUUUCCCUUAGUAAGAAUUAAAUUGGUGAUAAAGGUGCAUCAGGCUUAGGUUUUGGUUUAGCAAAGUGCAUUAAUCUCUCAAAUUUGGCACUUAAGCUUAUUUACAAUUAAAUUGGUGACAAAGGUGCAUCAGAUUUAGCUUCUGGUUUAGCAAAUUGCAUUAAUCUCUCAAAUUUGACACUUGACCUUACUUAUAAUAAAAUUGGUGACGAAGGUGCAUCAGGCUUAGGUUCUGGUUUAGCAAAUAGCAUUAAUCUCUCAAAUUUGACACUUUACCUUAAGUAAAAACA